GUUAUCUAUCACUUACGGCAACUCUAAAUUCAUUCAACAGCUGCUUAUUUUGCUAAAUUGCUUCUAUAUUGGCGGGAAAAAUUUAUAAACAAUUUGUGAUUUAUACGAAGUGCAUCAAGAACAUUGCAAACUGUUUAAGUGAAAUUAUUUUUUCCCAUUUAUGCAAUUAAUGUGAUUUUGUGCCUCAAUUUCCAAAAUAAUUAGAAAGAACUUGCUUCAGUUGAAUAAGGAAUAAAGACGAGAAAAACAGUGAUUGAAAGAAUAUGUCGAUUUUAUUAGCAGAUAUUGAUGCUACUUGUGCUGCUUUGGGUUAUUCUGAUGGUCAACGUUAUCAUGCAGCGUCUGAUGCCAUACAAGGGUUGAAGCAUCUUAUUUGGAUUUUGCGGCGUGAUCUAGAUAACCAUGAAUAUCGCAGGCAUUUAGGAUGCGCAAAAGUAUUGCAAACUGAUUUAGUAUACAUGCUGCCCGAUUAUGUAAAUGACAGUGACUAUGCUGAUGUACUAAUACGUUUGCUGGUUAUUCUAACUAAUCCCACUUUGCUAUUGUAUCGUGACGGUCCACCAAGAGACAAUCAUGGACGUAAAGUGUUUCUAGAACUCAUUGAUAUCCUGCAAAGCUAUAAAAGUGCUUUUACUCGUGCAAGCUUAUGGUCGUCUUUGUUUGAUAAAUUAAAGCAAUCUUUGGAAAUUGUAAGUAUGAUGAAAAAAAAAAAGAAGUAG